UCCAUGUGCACAGAAUGACGUCGCUCUGACUGCAAGUCCAACCGACUCCUGCGUUUGUUUUUUAUUACUCCUCUUUAAAAAAAAAAAAAAAAAAAAAAAAUGCAGGGCCCCAGAUUCGUUAAUCUGCGAAAUUACAGCCAUAAUGUGAGAUUAUGCGCCGCUGUCGCCCGACCCAUCGCUGAGGCUCGUCUUGUCAGGAGCAGCGGCUCGUUGUUGAGGAUUACUAGAGAUAAUACGCAGUAGACUUUUACGGUGUGCGUUUAGCUGUCAAACUGACAGCGAUGUGUCAGGAAGAGUAGUUAGAGCGCGUUUGUUGAUAUUUAUUCACUUUGCAGUGCGCGUCUUUCCUCCCCUAUCUUCUGGAUUACCGCUGCCCAGCAACACAGCCACCUGACAACUCUGAAUGUCGUAAUUAAGGUGACUCAAUGAGCCAGCAAUGGAGACCAAAGGAUACCAAAGUUUCUUUGAUGGAGAAGACGCAGAGGAUAAAUGGUCUGAAGCCCCGAGCACGAUGGAGUACUCCUGCAGCACGGAGGAUUCGAGUCUGACUAGCAGCGACAUCCUGAUGGACGUAGUCAAUGUCAGCUGCUGUGCUGGAAGCCUGGCAGCCGACAGCAAAGACAAGAAUACCAAGAAGCAGGAGCAGCCAACGCUUCAGCUCAGCCAGAGCCAGCCAUUUGUUCUCCCACACUUCAACAACACCCUGCAUGGUCUUAAACAGGAAAUGGACUCCAAGGAGCUUUCCAAGACUGUGGCUGAGUCUAUGGGUCUGUAUAUGAACGCUGCCAGAGAGGCGGACUUUGCUUUCAGCCAUCAUGGAGGCAACUCAAGCCCAGGGAAACCUUACCCAGUGUGUGGGCGCUCGCUGGAGGAGAACCAGUGCUGCUCCAAAAAGAGCCCCAAGUUGAAGCCAUUUGGCUUUCAACAGCCAGGUGCCACUCCUAGGGAAUGCACCACUGGGACUGUAGUUAGCUCAGCGUCCAUGCUCGUGUCCUCCCUGUCCUGCAGUCCCCAGACAUCCAGCUGCAUCUCAAGCCCCGGAGGCAGCAACAACAUGGUGUCAUCUACAACCAGCCCUACAUGCUUUGGACCACUAUGCUCGUCUGUCAGCAGCCCUGGAAGCCAGACUUUGUGCGCAGCAACUCUAGCCAACAUCAAGAGCAGGAAUUCAGUCACAUGUAGCCCUGUAGAGUCCAGCACAGUUGGCUCGCCCCCGCUGACCAGUCCGCUUAAUGUCAUGAGGUCCCCCAUGUCCAGCCCACAGAGUAUGAGCAGCGUGCGAUCCCCUCCAUCCUGCAGCACGACAUGUAACAUUAGGUCGUCUGUUUCCAGCCCCACUGGUGGCAGCUGUACUGCCGGUACUAAUAACAGUAACACAGCAAGGCUGUCCAUCUCCAGUCCGGCCUCUGGGGGCCCAAUGGCUGCCAGCAGCCCCCAGAACCCCUCCUCUGUUGGGUUUCCUGUGUCCAGUCCGGCUGGUGGGCUAGGUUUGGUUCAGAACGACACCAACAGUCCGGACGCGGAGGGGAUGACCAGAGACACAGAUUUCAAGAACUUUGAGUUCCCUAAAGUGGAGAUGGUGGAUGGGGAGGUGUUCAGUGUGGGACUGGACCAGAUGGGCAUGGUUAAGUACAUCAAGAAUGAACCUGAAACUGACUUCCGGAGCAUGUGUCUCGGCAGCUCCAAAUGUAACGUGAGCAGCGCGCCAUUAAUCACGCAGAUUAAGAGUGAGCCAAACAAAAACGAGGGUUGCAUGAACCAGCAGCCCUUCGGAGAGACGUCGCCGUCCCUCGGCCUCUUCCCUGCAUCCGAGACCACAUAUUUAUCCCUGAGGAACAACAUCGACGAGUACAGUCUCUCUGGGAUCCUAGGGCCCCCAGUAUCUUCUGUGAAUGGGAACUAUGAGACAGACUUGUUCUCCAACAAUGUACUGUCUAAGGGGGUCAAACAGGAGUCCAAUGACGGCAGCUAUUACCAGGAGAAUAACAGCAUGUCCACCUCCGCCAUUGUUGGAGUUAAUUCCGGCGGACACUCAUUCCAUUACCAGAUUGGAGCGCAAGGAACAAUGUCAUUCACGCGGCAUGACAUGAGAGACCCGUCCAACCCUUUGUUGAAUCUAAUUUCACCUGUAACGGCGUUAAUGGAGUCGUGGAAAUCUCGGCCAGGGAUGUCACAGGGUUCGCUGUCAGCCAGGAGUGAAGGCUUCUCGGGUCAGAACUGCAUCGCUGACAGCAUGUCAAGCUCAGCACUCAGACAACCUUCCUCAACGGCCAAAGUGUGCCUGGUCUGUGGAGACGAAGCGUCCGGGUGUCACUACGGUGUGGUGACGUGUGGAAGCUGCAAAGUGUUCUUCAAAAGAGCCGUGGAAGGUCAGCACAACUACCUGUGCGCUGGCAGAAAUGACUGCAUCAUUGAUAAGAUCCGAAGGAAAAACUGCCCAGCCUGUCGGGUACGGAAGUGUCUUCAGGCUGGGAUGAACCUGGGAGGUGAGCUGCUUGAAAUUCCAGAUUUGCUCUGUCACAUGUCAGCACCUGAGGAAGCGUGAGUCUGUUUAUAGGGAGUGAUAGAUAUGGAAAAGUAGGUCUGGCUGUAGUAACAGGAGGCCUAGAGAUGCUGAGUCAUUAGAUGUUCAUGAGGUUAAAUCACGUCUACUGUAUUUCAUGUUCUGAUGAAGGCUCAGUGUUGAGUUUUAGUAAAAAUUACACUGUUUAAGAAGAGUCUUGAUGGUGUGUUAGGGCGAUAGAAAGAAAAAUAAAGAA